AUGACUGCUUCAGAGUCUUUACCAAAACAAGAGUUAGAGGCGCUUAAAAAGCUCAAAGAUAUUCCCCUUGCGAUUCUAAAUGCUGAAGCAGAAUACGUCAAGCAAAUAGGAGAUCCGCGAAGAUUAAGUGAUAACAACAAUGUCAAGGUUUCAGACCAGAUCAAAGAACUUCUUCAGCAAGAUCCGCGUCUAAUGCCAGAAGAACUUAAGGCAGCACAUGAAGUUUUUCAAACGCAUAAACUGGCUUACUUAGAGCAUGAAACAAAAGUUGAGUUCCUUAAGAUUAUGAUGAAUGCUUUUGAAGAUGACGAUGAAUCUUCGACAUACUAUGCCAAUCUCUUUUUAUCCCUUAACGAAGACACCAUUGCACAAGAAGAAAGGGCGAACGCUGAACUGAAAAGCAAACUAAAAAGUGAAAAGAGACGUGUAGAAUCUCUUCAAAGUUGGGUUGAACAAGCAGCAAAACAAUUGGUGGAUGAUGUGGCUGAUGUUGUUCAGACUAAGCCUGCAGAAAUAUUAAAGAUGACUACGGAAAUAGACGAAAUGCAGAGAGAGAUUGAUGCUUUAGAGGAAAAAGAAAAGGCUUAUUACAAGAGUUUGACGGAUCAGUUGGGUAUAGAUCGCGAAGAUGGACAAGAAUACGACAUAAAUGAGGACCCAGUGGCUAAAAUGAUUAAAGAGACUGAAGAAUUUGAAACUCGCGUACACGAACUAGAGCAUCACCAACUAAAUCAACAGACUAAUGUCAUACAUGGACCUAAACCACCUAAAUCAACAGACUUAGAGUCCUUGACCAGAGAGCUGGAUAUUAAAUCUGCAUCUAACUCUGCGCUAGAGCGAGAAAUUGCUCAACUUACUGCACGAGACCAAAAACUACGAGAUAUUACUGCACAUUUCAAAGAGCCAUUGGAAAAUUCACUGCCUCAAGACCCUCAAGCCUUUGUUUUGUUGCAGCAGUUGUCCCGAAACAAUUCCAUAUCUGAUAUUAAUGAGUAUGUGGAAAGCGGCGAAACCAAUACGUAUGUGGUACAACAAGCCAUUGACUGGUAUUCAAACGUCAACACGAUGAUGAGCAAAAUGCUUGGUAUAGAUUAUAGUACUUUGCGUCUACUACAAAAGGGUCCCCAUCAUAUACUUUACAAAUUUACCAAACAAGUAUCUAUUUUUGGUAAGACAGGGAAUCCCAAAUUGUUUGUGGCAGCUCAAAUAUCGUAUGAGCUUUUUAUUGUCAAUUUAACGGGGAAAAUUGAAACUGGAAAAAUUACUGGAAUCCACUUGUUGCGGCGGUUAUCAGUUAAAAGUGGAGAUAAUAGUAGUGGGGAGCCGGUGGCUGAUAAUGUGAUUGACCGGGCGGUUCUUGCACAGGACGUUCUUACACAAACAAAAGCACUUUACGGUUGUAGUCCAAGCUUUUUUGUUAAUGAAACUAGCCGGAUAAUUCGAGAAAGGCUAAAUUCUUUAAAUUAG